GCUUGAAUUGCGCGAAUUUUUAAACCCUUACUUUCUCAUUCUUUGCCAGUGGUGACCUGUUACCACACUUUCACGGAGAUGAAAAGUUUGGACUUUACUAGUCAUUCCAAUGAUACUUUCGCUUUAAAUUAAAUUCGCUGGGAAAUUACAAUACUGUAAAAAAAUAUAUAAUAAACAACCAAAUGGAAAAUAAGUAUCCUCUGCUAACCACAACCUCAUUCUGACCGUCUUCAUCGACUGGAAAGGAAACAGCUUACAAAACUCGUUCAAAAACGUUGAAUUCCAACAGUACUGGGGAUACAUCUCACACUGGUUCCACAAUCGGGUAUUGUGAGUAAACAAGUAAACAUGAGACAUGCCGUACUGGAGAAAAAAGAAAGUGAAGAAAAAAUAGAAUAAUUUAUUUCGUUCAACACUAAAUAUGAUUAAAAUAUUGCAAAUAUAAUUGAAGGAGAGCCUCAAAAUGUUGAAGAGUCUGUACGAUAUAUGUUUAACCGUGGCAGUGACUGAUUGUGUCUCAGUAUGUAAAUACAAAUUUUGUAAGAAGGAAUUUCGGGCUUUGCCAAAUCACAUACUAUUUGACUUUUAUUAUAAGAUGUAUCUAGAGAAACGACUAUGCUUGCUAGCUGUGGAGUUCAAUGAAUUAGACGUAUUUAUACGAAUGCUGCAGGUGAAGCACAAACGUACUAAAUUACUAAAAAGUUUCCAAGCAUUGAUUGACCAUGGAACGAACGUACCUGAAAUGCUUAUUAAAAAAUAUGUAGCAAGAUGCAACACAGUUGAUUCGUCAGAUACCAACAUAAAUAUAGGACUAAAAUUAGGCACAUUCUUCAAUGAAAGUGGGCUUUUCCAUUAUAGUAUAAUUGUUUUGAAUAUUACUGAAAGCGUUUGUAAAAAACAACCUAGAGAUGUUACCACCCUUAGGAGGUUGCUGGACUGUUACCAUAAACGCAUAUAUGCAGAAGCUACAUACUGCGAAUUUAAAGAGGCUGCAGAAACGUUUAAUUCUACCGUUGCGAUAAUCGAGGAAUUGAAGGCGCUGGACGCUCUACCCAACUUAGCUGGGCUUUACUCAAACUUUUCUUACCUGCACUUCAUCCGAAGCGAGUAUGAAAAGGAAUAUGACUGGUCACAGAAGGCUUUGGCAUUACUGACAGAAGAUUUACCUAGCAGGAUCAUCAUAGACGUGUUGAGGCAGGCAUCGAAAGCGUGCGUACUGAAGCGAAAAUUCAACAAAGCCGGGCUAUUGAUACGCCAAGCGGUGACGUUGGCAUCGGAGCUGUACCUUGAGGAUGGUCAUCCUUAUUUCGCAGACGCCCUCACCGAUUACGCGUUCUAUUUGCUCAAUUCCGAUUCUGUACAGGAGAGCGUUAAGGUGUACGAUAAGGCGUUGAGCAUCAAGAAGGAAGUGUUCGAGAAAAAUAACAUUCAUGUGGCGUUAGGGCACGAGGAUUUGGCGUAUGCGCUCUAUGUGAACGAGUAUAGCUCUGGCAGGUUUUAUCACGCAAGAGAAAACGCAGAACGAUCUAUACGUAUCAUGGAGCGCAUACUGCCGAAAGACCAUCACUUGCUCGCCUCGGUGAAGCGGGUCAAAGCGUUGAUCCUGGAAGAGAUUGCCCUGGACGAGCAAGGCAACAUGUACCUGCAGCUGCAGUAUUUGGAGGAGGCCGAGCAAUUGCACAGGGCCGCACUUGCGCUUUCGCAAAAAUCGUUCGGGGAGGAUAACGUCCAGACCGCCAAGCAUUACGGAAAUCUGGGCAGAUUGUACCAGAGCAUGAAGAUGUACGAUGAAGCGGAAAGGAUGCACGUGAAGGCCAUUAUGAUUAAGGAGGAGCUGCUGGGAAAGGACGAUUACGAGGUUGGACUGAGCACUGGCCACUUGGCGUCCUUGUAUAACUAUCACAUGAAGAGGUAUAGGGAUGCUGAAAAGUUGUACCUUCGCUCACUAGAAAUAAACUUGAGACUGUUCGGAGAGGCGUAUUCAGGCUUGGAAUACGAUUAUAGAGGUUUAGUGAACGUAUACGCGAAACUGCUCGAGCACGAAGGCGUUAUCAACUACAGUCUCAAAAUGACCGAGUGGCAACGAUUGAGAGAAGAACCGAAGAGUCCCGAACAGAAUUUGGAACCGCAACCGUUGAAACAGAUAUUAGAAAAUUAUUUCAACUCCAUGGAGUGAUUGUUAUGUUGAUUGUUCAUUUGCAAACUGCCCUUUUAGUAAGAUAGAAUUAGUACAAAAAUGUUAUUAUUUGACGAGUAUACGCUCCCAUGGAGGGAUUCUGAAAUCGUAAGAUAAAACUACUGCGAUGAUAUUUAAUUGUUUUAUGACAAAUGACGCUAUUAUUAUUCUAUAUUUAUUUCUCAACAGAAUCGUAAAAUGCAUUUUUGAUUCAAGUAUUACUGAAUUUAGCCUCGAACAACAAACACUACGCCUGCACGGAGUCGAAUAAAUCAGCUGGACUGUUAACGAUACUAUGUUUCUUGUACUAUAAAUACAGAUGCCGCGUGUUAUCGUCGCUACUUUCUAUUUUGCACCACUGUUUCUAAUUAUAAUAAUAUCAUGGUGUUGUCAUUAUACCCCAUUCCUAGUCCAUUUACGCUCAAACAAAACACAACAUGCCCUAAAGCGAGAAUGUACAGGACCGUAUUUUCCUCAAUGAUUAUUUUUAUAGAAAGAACUACACAUACUUUUCACAAUUCUUUAUUCGCCGGAAGUACUUAAAUCAUCGUCUGAAUGGUUUAAUAUUAAUUAUUUAUUACAGGUUCAAUUUGAAUAUUGAUCAUAUUGUCCAGGUUGUCUCUUGAACGUGACGGAUGCAGUCUUUCCAAUGGUUUGCCGUCACUCUGUUGACCGCUUCAUAAAACAAAUUUUUCACGUCCGAAAAUUUGAAUGUUCUAUUGGCAUAGUUUUUUAUAUUUGUCCAAAUCAUUUCAGCGGGAUUUAAUUCGCAGUGAUAAGGGGGUAGCCUUGGAUUUGAAUGUUCUAUUGUUUGAUGCCACAUAGUUUUUUAUAUUAGCCGAAAUCAUUUCAAUGGGAUUUAAUUCGCAGUGAUAAGGGGUAGCCUUGAAUCGGUCUUAUUUUGGUUUUUUCGCCAUUUCGUCGAUAACAUUGAGAUUAUAUUUUUAUUUCUGCUACCUGACUAGAUGGGCAAGUUCUGCUUUGACCAUAUUUUCACUGAUACUAAUGUCUUUUGACAGGAGCCAUUGUCGAAUUUCUGCCUUUCUUGUGGACAUUGUGGGAAUUUUUUCUAGUUUUCUAGUGUGGUAUGAGGCGUUAUCAAGUACAAUGACGGCAUUGUCGUCAAGCUUUGAGAGCGUUCAAAUGAACUCGCGUCCAUUUCUGCAUGGUAGUCGGUCCUUUUCUUUAAGUCAAAUGCCCAUAAAGUAGUGGGCACAAAGCCAUCUUCACUGCCAAUGUGAUAGAUAACAAAUCGUUUUUCUUUUCCUGGAAAUAAUUAUUUCAUAUAGUAUUCAAGAAAACUAAUAAUGUCACAAGGAGAGUAUCUAACAGUUUUUGGUUCCAAAUCGACCAGAUAAAGCUAAGUUUUCAGCGUGGGCUCAUAGAUUCAGGUUGCUUGACACCAUUUUUACAACACAAAUGACGAAUUAGUUAGAUACACGUACCUGACGGAUUCGUCAGGUCAGUGGUUAUUCAUCUAAGAAGGCUUAUCUUGCUGAUUUAAUUGUAGAUUCAGCCCAUACUUUAGGUUUUGUAUGUCCUGCAUUUAUCCAGGU